AAUAAUUGUCAACUUGUUGAAACUCCGUAUUCCCAGAUAAAGUUUAAAUUUGAAACUAUGUUUGAAACUCAUGAGACUCCGGAGUUUUUUUCUGAAUAAGUGUACAUACCCAAAUUAAAUUUUAUUAUUUAUGGUCAUUUUUAAAUGUAAAAUUUGCUCAAAUCCGUAAUACAAAAUUAAGUAUAAAAUCCAUAAAAAAACAGUGGUUAUAUUUCUCAAUUCUUUACUAGUUAUAAAUUUUAUUAUGUUGUUUAAGUUGUAUCAUAUUCUUCUGUUAUUGUUUAUCUUUAACAAUGUCAAUUAUAUAUCUACUGAACCUUUAUCUUUGAUGUUAGGGGGUUCAGUUCUUAUGGGCAGCUGGUUGGGUUGGGAUAUUAUAAAAACAAAUACUAUCUGUCGUUACACAGAGUGUUGUAAUGAUCAAUAUGUAACAUAUGAUUUAAACAAGUUAAAACAGUUGUUUUCACAAAAAAUGUUUGGUCAACCCCUAGUCAAUGAAUUAAUUAGUAUCCUAAGUGCCCAUAAAGAAGGUUUAUCAAAUGAAGGCAACAGAAAUAAAAAAGCUUUGGUCAUAAGUUUACAUGGUUGGUCUGGCGUCGGUAAAAACUAUGCUACAAGCAUGAUAGCCGAAUCUCUCUACAAGAAAGGAAUACAUAGCAAAUUUGUGAAGGUUUUUAUGGGUAAAAAAGAUUUUGAUUGUACUGACAUACAAAAUACUCAGAUGAAACUAAUACAAGAAGUAAAAGAUAUUGUGAGGAAUUGUCCGACUUCCCUCAUUGUUUUUGAUGAAAUACAUGAAAUGUGUCCAUCAGUAUUGGAUGCAAUAAAGCCUAUGUUAGACCAUCACCAAACAGUUGAUGGUAUUGAUUUUAGGGAUAGUGUGUUUAUUUUUAUUUCCAACAUUGGUGGAAAAGAAAUAGCAAGCAAUUUAUUAGAAUUAUACAGUCAAGGUGUCAAUAGAAAUGAAGUUGAUUUCCAUCAUUUUGAACCAAUUAUAAGGAGAACAGCUUACAGUACAGGGGGUUUCGAAAAGUCUGCUACAAUUGCCCAGCAUUUGAUUGAUCAUUAUAUUCCGUUUCUGCCUUUGGAACAAAAUCAUGUUGAAAAAUGUGCUUUAGCUGAGUUUCAAGCUCAUGGCAUUUACCAUCCAACUGAGGAGAUGAUGGCUGAUGCUCUAUCAGUCAUCACAUACGGCCCUACAGAAGAUCAGCCUAUAUUUGCAAAUAAUGGGUGCAAGAGAUUUACAAAACAAAUACCAUAUAUCAUACAAAAAAAUAAAGCUAAGAGUGAAUUAUAAUUAUAAGGCGUUUUAGAAUAUGACAAAUGUGAUCUAAUAAGAAAAAAAUUAAGCUUCAAAAGCUUAUAAUUUAGUCAUGCCAUUAUUCCAACUGUCAUGUACCUGUUGAUUUUUAGUUUAAUGAUUUUUUUACGAAUUUUUAUAACUCACAAUUUUCUCUCUAUGCAUUAUUUAUUUAGUGCAAUGCAAAGCAUGUCUAUAAUUAUGUGGUAAUGAAGUUAACCCUCAUAAUGUAUAUAUUCAUCAAAAUCUCAUUGAAAAUAUUAUUUUGUAUGAAAUAUAUGUACCUACAUCUUAUCACAUUAUAUUGUUUUGUUAUGUUUCUGCUGAGAUCAAUGUAUCAGUAUUGUUGUUUUUAAUUUUUUGUUGUAACAUAUUGCAA